AUGGACGAGUCGAACGACAUCAACGUCACGUACCCAGGAAGACUCGAAGUCAUGAUGGUCUCUGGAGACCCGACUGUCAUGUCGACGCCGAACACAACGACAUCGGCCUUUUACGGCCAGCCGCCCAACACGGUCCGGGAUGCCAACAUAGUGCAGGGCACGUUCUGGGUCGACUUCAAGCUCGACACGCUCGAUCCCAGUGGUGGCAUCCCCUUUGCCCCCAAGCCGCCCCCCGGCUACGAGCACGAAGACAAGCAGGCCGCCAUCAUUGUCGGCAUGGUUCUCGUCAUUCUCGCCAUUACGGUUCCCACCGUGGCGAGGAUCGUGGCGAGAUUUCGCAGCACCGAGAUGCGACUGGGUCUCGAUGACUAUACCAUAGUCCUCGCCGCUAGCCUCGCGACCGUGUACCCGUGCUUCCAGAUCUGGAUGGUCGUCUCGGCGGGUGGCGGUCGACACUCGUGGGAGAACACGUACGAAGACUGGGAGAAGUUCGUGCGCGGCCUGAGCUCGUGCCGGCUCCUCUUCUUCGUGACGGUCGGCCUCAUCAAGAUCUCCAUCACGCUCUUCGUGCGGCGGCUGGCCGACCGGGCGUCCGUCUUCUGGCGCCUCGCCGCCGACAUCUUCCUCGGCUCGCUCGUGCUCUACGUCCUGGCCGCGCUCCUCUGGAACUCGCUCUUCUGCCUGCCGCCGCGCGCCUGGUUCUCGCGCCAGUACGCCGGCAGCCUCGCGCGGCCGCCGCGGUGCAGCGACGACGUCACCAACGCCCGCGUCUUCUCCAUCAUCCACACGGUCCAGAGCUUCCUGCUGCUCGGCGCCCCCAUCAUCAUCAUGUGGCACGUCCGCAUCGACGCCAACAAGAAGCGGCGCCUCUUCGCCAUCUGGAUCUGCGGCGCCGUCACCGUCCUCGGCGGCGUCCUGCAGCAGAUUGCCUUUGUCAUCACAAACGACCUCUUCUGGCAGUACACCUCCAUCCUGCGCUGGACCACCCUCGACCUCGCCAUGGGCUGCAUCACGGCCUCGCUGCCCGUCCUGGACGCCUACGUCAUGGGCACCUGGCACUCGGCCACCAGCGCCCUCGGCGGCUCGUCCGGCGAGCGCAGCGGGAGCCGCUUCCGCACGGCCGGCAGCCAUGCCGCGAGCGAGCGCAUGCCGACGCAGCUGACGCAGGGCCAGGUCAAGAGUGACUCGGAUUCGACGCAGAACAUAUUCGUCGGAAACAGAGGGAGUGACGAUGAGGGCUAUCAGCUGUCUGAUGUCAAGUCUACGAAUGGGGGCCAUGUGCAAGUCAGUCAGAUAGUGUAG